UAAACCGGUGACAGGGCGCCCCGCUGUACCCCUACUACACCUUUGGACGUAUAAAAGGGAAAGCAAGAUGACAGACCGCUGAACGCACAGGGAAGAUGCUGGCCGUGAGUUUUCUCUUGCUGGUAACGGUUGCCGGUGAGGCUGUGGCUGACCUUUACUUGACAGAAGCAUCGCUGCCUCCAGAGCUAGCCCACAGUGCGCCGCUGGUGCCUACCCCCACUGCUUACCAUCAGUCGGAGGUGUACGGGCAGCCCGGGAGUGAGAGUGCGAGGUCUGUCAGGUCUGCCGAGGAACCAGCAACAACCACUGACAACGGGGAGUCGUCUCAUCACGGUGGAGGUUAUAAGAUAGUACAGUGGGAAUGGAGUUAUGUUCAGACACCUUACACUAUCGCCAUAUGGCUUCUUGUGGCCAGUUUUGCGAAAAUACUGUUCCACUUCUCCCAGCGCUUCACCACCGUGGUGCCGGAGAGCUGCAUGCUCAUCCUCAUCGGCCUGGUGCUGGGGGGCAUCGUCCUCCUUACCAGCAAAGAGGCGCACAACCAGCUUGACCCAGGCCUCUUCUUCCUCUUCCUGCUGCCCACCAUCGUGGGCGACGCGGGCUACUUCAUGCCAGCCCGGCUCUUCUUCGACAACCUGGGUGCCAUCCUGCUGUACGCAGUGGUGGGCACGCUGUGGAACGCCUUCUGCACGGGAUUCUGCCUCUACGGGAUGAAGUUGGCCGGAGUUAUUGACCAAAAGGUGGAGGGAGGCCUGAUGGAGUUCCUGCUCUUCGGGGCGCUGAUCUCGGCCGUGGAUCCUGUGGCCGUGCUGGCGGUGUUUGAGGAGGUGCACAUAAACGAGACCCUCUUCAUCAUCGUGUUCGGGGAAUCGCUGCUCAAUGACGCGGUCACUGUGGUGCUGUACAAAGUGUAUAUGUCAUUUGUGGAGGUGGGCCCUGGCAAUGUUCUGACCGCAGACUAUUUUAAAGGAGUGGCCUCCUUCCUCAUCGUUAGCAUCGGCGGCACGCUGGUCGGCCUCAUCUUCGCCGUCAUCCUCGCCUUCACCACGCGCUUCACCAAGAAAGUGCGCAUCAUCGAGCCGCUGUUCGUCUUCCUGCUGGUCUACCUGGCCUACCUGACCGCUGAGCUCUUCUCGCUCUCCGCCAUCCUGUCACUGACAUUCUGUGGCAUUGGAUGCAACAAGUACGUGGAGGCAAAUAUAUCUCAAAAGUCCAGGACUACAGUCAAGUACACCAUGAAGACUCUGGCCAGCAUUGCAGAGACCAUCAUCUUCAUCUUCUUGGGGAUUUCUGCGGUGGACAAGUCCAAGUGGGCGUGGGACACCGGCCUGGUCUCCUGCACCCUCAUCUUCAUCUUUGUGUUCAGAGCCAUUGGGGUUGUGGGGCAAACAUGGUUCCUGAACUGGUUUAGACUGGUUCCUCUGGACAAGAUUGACCAGGUUGUGAUGUCGUACGGUGGCCUGAGAGGUGCAGUUGCCUUCGCCUUGGUGGUGCUUCUGGAUGGAAAUCAAGUGAAGGCCAAAGACUACUUUGUAGCAACAACUAUAGUUGUGGUUUUCUUCACAGUAAUGUUUCAGGGGUUGACCAUCAAGCCUCUGGUGAGGUGGCUGAAGGUACCACGGGGCACGAAGAGGAAGCCCACCAUCAACGAGGAGAUCCACGAGCGAGCGUUUGACCACAUCCUGGCUGCAGUGGAGGACAUUGCUGGCCUCAACGGAUACCACCACUGGAGGGACAAGUGGGAGCAAUUUGACAAGAGGUACUUGAGCAAGCUUCUGAUGCGCAAGUCUGUGUAUCGCAAAAGUGAGCUGUGGGAGGCCUAUCAGAAGAUUAACAUCAGGGAUGCCAUCAGCGUUAUUGAUCAGGGUGGAAAUGUUCUGACAUCUGCAAGGCUUUCUCUGCCAUCAAUGGCUAGUAGGACAUCAUUCCCUGAGGCCACCAAUGUGACAAACUACCUGCGUGAGAAUGGCAGUGGCGUGUGCCUGGACCUCCAGGUGAUCGACACGGUGCCCGGCGCCAAAGUGGAGGAGGAGACGGAAACACAUCACGUUCUGGCCGGCAACCUUUACAAGCCUCGGAGACGGUACCACCAGUCCCAUUACAGCCGGCACUUCAUGACGGUGGGUGACCAGGAGCGGCAGGACCGCGAGGUCUUCCAGAGGAACAUGCGCAGCCGUCUGGAGUCCUUCAAGUCCACACGCUACAAACGCCACAAGAAAGGCUACAGCCAGAAGAAGCGCAGAGGCUCAGAUGUGAAAGAAAAAGACCAAGAGACUAAUGACAAACCCAGACGUAAUGUCAGCUGGCAAGACAAAGACCCAGUGGCUGUGCCCAUUGAGCCAGAAGAGAGUAGAGGUGAUCCGUCUGAACCUGAGAAGGAGGAGGACGUGGGGAUCACUUUUGUUGCUCGCAAGGCUCCCGACACACCAAAGGAGAGACCCAAAUCAGUCCCUGCUGCACUGGAGGUGUGCCAGAGCCCCUCCGCUGCCCCCCCGUCUCCUACCUGUGCCGAGAGGAACCUGCCCUGGAAGGGUGGGAUGGGCACCCUACCUGUAUGUGUGUCCAUGGAGGCCACAAAGAUCAUCCCCAUAGACCUCCAGCAGGCCUGGAACCAGAGCAUCUCCUCGCUGGAGAGCCUGGCCUCCCCACCAGUCCCCGCAGAGCCGCAGCACCCACGCAUCAGCGCCCUCUCCAGGCUGGGAGGUCCCAUACGCCCAUUGUCCGGGGUGGUCCCCUCGACAGGGGUCGGUGUCGGGGAAAGUGCCGCUCCUCCUGCCCCUAAUCCGGCCACGGGUGAGUUCCGGUUCCCGGGUGGAGGAGAGGAGGAGGAGGAGGGCACCCUCUCCCAGCAGCAGCAGGAGAUGCAGCCGCUCGUGUCGUCCAUGCGGCCGCCCCCUCCUCCACCGCCUGCCCCUCCACAAGGCUCAGCUCGCAGGAGGAACCCCUGUGUCUAUCUGAGGAAUCUGGUGACAACACCACCAGGCCAUGAGCCUUACAGUAGAGGGCCGACACAGCUGUAAGGGCCUCUGUCAAUACCCUACAUAUUCUCUUACCAGCUGUCACGCCACUCAUUUGAUGUAUUCUGUUGCUCAUGAGGGGGCGUUCUUAACAGCCUUAUUGGGCGACACAACAAAUCUUAACUUUAUUUUGUAUGUUAAUGAUAUGCUUCAGAUAUAAAUUUAGACAGUGUUUUUAAACACAGGGCAUUGCUGAAUGUGAAAGAGCUUAUGUUUAUAGAUGCUUUAAAUAUUUGUUAGUCUGACAAUGCUCAAAUACACUGAAUGAUAUCUAGUGUGGAGAGAGCAAUCCGUCCAUCAUGGAAACACUGGCAAAAUGUCCUUUCUGCCCUGUUUUAUGUACUUGUAAAGUCCAUGUCAGCAUGUAAGACCACUGGAAAAAUGUCUAGACCCUAUUACAAAUGCCUUAUAGGGUGUGCAGAUUAAACAAUAGCUUAAUUUACACUUUCAUAUACCCCACAGAGAAAUAGGACAAAAGAAAUUCUGGCAGAAACUCCAAUAACUAAAUAGCAAUACUUAACUGCUUAACUUUAUUCUGGAUAUUGGCAUGCCCAUCCAAAACAAAACAAAAGCAAAAGGCUGCAGAGAUUCAGGCCAGCCAACCCUCACUGUGAAGUCCAAAUUCUUGGGAUGAAAGCACAGGCGACUCGCUUUUCUUUGCCGGAGAUUGAGAGGGACUGGGGUCUCCAUGUGACUUGUGCUGCAGGGCAGCCCCAGCAGGCCUGAGUCUUUCAGCUCUUGCGAGGCACAAUGCCAGCCAGAGCAAUGAAGCAUUACGACCCACUCACUUCCUAUCUGUGCCGAUAAAUUGUAAGGAUAUGAAUUGAAAGGAGACAGUACUACCAAAGCUGCACAACCACUCAAAUUCAGGCCAGAAAACUGACAGUGUAUUUACUACAGUAGUUAUGUUGAGGGGCUGUCUGUUUUCCUCAUUACUUACAGUUAUUACACACACUGGGAUAAUCAAUUAAUUCCCCUCUCUCACUAACCAGAAAGUUGCACUUUAAACCAAUUCAGUUUGUGCUUCGUGCCUCACUUUUAUUUCUAAUGUGUUAAACAAACAUCCUUAUUUUGAAGUAUAAGACGUACCUAUUUAUUUUACUUUGCUGUUUUUCCCCUCUCAUGACUUGCUGGGGAAGAUUUUUUUGCACAGCUGAAACAAAAAAAGGUAAAAUUACAAAAAAAUGUUUGAAUGACCAAAGUGUGGGGGAAAACAAAUUGAAUGUUUUUCAUGUGCCAUUUCUCACUGUCUUAUUAAAAUGUCUUUUUCUGUGUGUGUUUAGAAGGUAACAUAUGACGUCAUGACUUUUGGUUAGUGUGAUUUAACUUUUGGGGAUGGAAAUAAUGUAUUGUGCCUAUUGUGCCUACGAUCAGUGUGUAUUUCAAAAUCAAGUAAUUGAAUAGACAUAUUUUCAGUGCUGCUGUGUGUGCUGUUAGGUGCCCAAAGCAACGUAGGCUACCCAUACCCUUAAAGUACAUACUUGGCACUAAUGUGAGACAUCAGUUAUGUGUUCUGCAAGUUUAUCUUUACAGAUGUUCUGUUAAAUGAAAGGAAUUAAGUUUUUCUAACAUUCUUCAAGUUCUUCAUACAACUUCAGUUUUGUUGUUUGAAUCACUUUUCCAUCAGAUUUAAGGAAUCAGAACAAAUUAAAAAAAAAAAAAAAUGGUUUCAGCUAGGUCUACUCAUUCAAGAUUUUCCAAAUAUCACAGAAAUGUGGAACCUUUUUCACCACAGGCUCCAGUUCAUGCCUUUGUAUUGUGAGUAAAUAUCCCCAUGUAAGAGCCUUCAGGCAUGUAGCCAUAUUCAACAUUGUUUAAGUAUGCCAACAAAGCUGCUUAAUCUCCGCCAAGCAUGCAAAAUAUAUGCAUUUUUAGAGAAUGUGUGGUGCUCGUGCCUUUUUUUAAAGGGAUGAAAAGGUUAAUAGAGAAGAGGAGGCCUUGUAAUAUUUGCUGUGCACUGAAUAGGCCUACACAGCAGUUCAGCAUUGUGCUAUAUGAGCUUGUCGCAACGAGAAUGGUGGAUUUGUCAAGUGAAACCAGAGAAUGUUUUUAUUAAUUUAGCUGUUUAGAAUUGGCCAUAUCCCCAAUGUCAGUGCUUUGAGUUAGAUUUUUAAUUGUUUUACAGAAAUGAAACGAAGGAUUCAUUGUAGCCUACCAAAUGGAAAUACUGGUUGAUGUCCAGAAAGAAAAUGAAUAAAAUGUGUCUAAAUUAA